AUGGUUAAUUUUUUCUCUAAAGGCAGACGGAGACCAGACUCUUAUCAAGGAUUUAGUAAAUAUACCGACGAAUUGAACAGGUAUCUGAACCAAGAAAGUAACAAUGUUGCUGGAGUAGCUAGUACAGGAAUAUCCAGAAGUCAAUCGAUGACUCAGGGAGCAGGACAGGCGGCGAUGAUAGCGCUCCAGAGACAUAACCAACAGCAGAACCUGCUGACGCCACGCCAGGGAGCAGGGGUGAAACAGCCGGUAAGAAGGGCCAAUUCGUUGACAGCAGCGUCAAAUAGGUCGAAUUCGAUGAGAAGCUAUACGUACCAUCCCAAGCCAUCGUACACAGUUGGUCAGCCACUCGGAAGCACCAAUCAAGGAGGGGCCAGGAGAUUUAACUCGUUGAACAGCAAAUCUAGUGUCGGAUCCUACCAUAAGCCCGGUGCUAGGGCGAAUUCGUUAACAUCUCAGAAUUCGUUUGUGAGAUCAAGAAGUCCACCAGUACUUUAUGAACAAGACGAGGGAGAAGAGGAAGGUGAUGUUACUGUCACCACCAAAACGACCAAAGUUGUAGAUUCUCAAGGUAGAGUGCUGUCGGUAACAGUGGAGACCAUAAAGACGUUUGCAGAUGGAUCCACAGUUACUAACACUACCACAAAGAACAUUUCAAGAAACAAUUCGAGAGCCAAUUCGUUGAAUUCACAAUCAAUGGCGUCGAAGGGUAAUUCAGGCAAACAUAAUUCGAUGCUAUCAAAUAAUGCCGGUGGAAGUUACAAUCUCUCGAAAAUCGACGAAGAUUUGCAAGACUUUGAUUAUAAUUACGAACUUGACCAUGAUACUUUAACCCAAAAGGGUCACGGUCAUCCGCAUGUGGAUAAUGCCAUGUAUGACCUGAUUCAUGAUGAGAACUUUCACGGACAGGGUUUGCGUUUGAACCAUGGCUCAACAUGCCACGGAGAUGAUUUUGGAUCACCAGAAUUACAUUCGUAUGGUGGCGGUGGUAAUGAAUCGAUAUAUAGCACUGGCCUCAAAUCAAUUACCAGCGAAUCAUCGAAACCUUUGAAGUCAAUUUUGAAAAAGAAGAAUAAUAUAAAUGAUAAAGGACCUGAUGAUGCGGAAGGCUUUGCAGAUGCGGUAGAUGAGUUGCAAAGUAAUCAAUUGGAUACUAAACAAAACGAUACUCAACAUCCAUACAAAAGUUUAAGUAGUCCUCAGUUCAACGAGCCACCUAAAUUCAGAGUUCCUCAAUCCCCAAAUAUGCAAGCACCUCAACAACCGAAUAGAAUCAGCACAAAUACCGGUAAUAAGAGAACGCACUCUCUUAUGUCGUCGCCAAUAUCAAGACACGACGAUGUAUUAUCCGACAAAUCGGAGGCGUCAAAUUCUAUAAAAUUUCUGGAGAAACACGAAACCAUUCCAAUAUUUUAUAAUGAUAAUAAACCCAAGGAACCUGAACAUGCCAAGUCUUCAGAUAAAGACUUUUACAGUAUUGCAAUGCAAGUUGCGAUGGAGAGAGUAUAUGGUAAUAAAGAAUACCAGCAAUCGCCAAAGUUGGAAGGAAAGAGGGCAAUGUCCUUGAAUUCUCACACAUCUCCUAUUCAAGAGCCAAAGAAGGAAAACAGGACACAGGAAUUAAAUGAGCAAGGUGUAAAUGAUGACUAUGUUUAUCAAAAUCAUCAUAAAGAUUUUGUGGGUCUUUCAUUGAGAGAUAAUGUAGAACCUAAGCAAACAAGUAGAAAAGAAAGAGCGAAGGAAGAAAAAAAGCAGCAAAAGUCUGAAAUGAAAGAACAGAAGCAGAAAAUGAAAGAAAAAGAGAAAGAAGAAGCUGAAAAUUUGAAGACUUCGUCGAAAGAACAGAAGAAGUCUCAGAAAGCUCAAAAGCACGGAAGGUUUGCAUCCUUGUUUGGUAGAAGGAAGAGCACUUCCAAUGAUGAUUCAAUUUUGACUAGCGAUGGAGAAUUGAAUAAGCAUGGUACAGAUAAUAACUCACAGCCAACGGCAUCCAAUAAUAAUCCUAUUCAUGAGAGUGCCAAGUCAGUUGGCUCUGAAGCCGAAUAUCAAAAACUAAACCAUAAAGAUUUUGGUCAAGAAGAUACUUCAAGAGCUGGAGGUAAGGUUAAAAAUGAAGGAGCAGCGGGCUUUACAGUUCUCAAUCCUGAAACGGAGCGCGGCAAUGGAUCGAAUAUAGAAACGCAACCUAUAACAAAUAACAGUACUUCGAUCCCUAUUCGAGACCCAAAUUAUAGACGUAAUUUAGACCCUAAUCAAAGCCAUGUGAAUCAAGGAUUGAACAAUAACAAACCUGAAUAUGAUACUUCGGUGGGAUAUAUAUCGAAUCGGGACAACUCUUUUAAUAAUGCUCCACCGAGACCAGUAUUUAGUAAUGAAGGUUCUGGGUCAUAUUCCAUGAGAUUUCCUCGUACUGAUAGUGCUACAUCUGAUACUAAAAACUUGGAAGAUUUGCCUAGCCGUCGUGAUGAAACUGGUUUAAAUUUAAAUUCUGAACCGCAAGUUCGAAACGUUGAAGAUUCGAAUGCUGGGCAACAACGUUUUCAAGAUAUGGCCGGCCCAGUGCCGGAUGUUGAUUCAUCUAUACUCAGAGCAAUUGUUCAAAAUGAAUCGGAGGUCGACCCUUCAUUCAACCACGAUGAACCUGAUUUGAUCCAGAAAACUACACUUGAUCCUUCUGCUAAUCUUAUAAAUGAUCGGACAUCAGUGUACUCAAAUGAUGCUGAAGAAAAACGUAAGGGUAAGGUAUUAGAUCCGAUCACUGUACCAGUUCUCAACGAAAUUAAAUCUGAAACAACAAGUAUUGAAAGUCAAUCCAAUAAGUACAAAGAUCUUGGAACAGAGCUUGAGUCAAAUAACGACAAUGACGCAGAUGAGUUAUUUGGAUCCGAGGAUGUUCAUGGCUAUCCAGAGCCUGGUCGGGAAGUUCGUGAUCAAGACAUCCAAGAGAAGAAAGGUAAUUCCAGCCAAACUUUGCAGGAAUCCUUUAAUAAUGAAGAGAUACCUAAGCCAGAUUUUGUACGUCAAAUAUCGAGUAACGAUGAUUUAAUUGAUGAGGCAGUCUUAGUUAAUGAAGAUGACGUCAAGGGGUAUGAUAAUAUUAAUACGUUAUCUGACGAUCCAAUCACAUCGAGCGUAGCCCAAAAUCAAUACUCUCAGGAACCGAUUAUUUCCAAUUUUGAGGAUCAAAAUAAUGUGAAUCCUGCGGUUGCUGGUACUAACAACCAGACUUCAAGUAGUAAGUAUAAUGACUCUGAAGAACUUGGUCGGGCCCCAGAGUAUGAAAAAAGUUUUAUGGGGAAGAUUGAUUCUCCAUCUCAAGCUGGGGAGACAUUUUCAAAUAAUAAGGAACCUGUCGAUUUUUCUCCAGCAAGUGUUAAUGGUGCGUUGGAGCAUAAUAAUUUUAAUAAGACUAGCAAUUUGAGCAAUAGUGAAGCUGCCAAUAAUCUGCCUCAGAAUUUGCAGUCGACAGAGCCAAUUCAUGAUGGGUUUACCACUAAUGAAGCUACUAAUAAAGGUACCGGUAAUGCUGCAGAUGCUACAGAAGCUGCUAAUCGCGACCAAUUACAAUCAACAUAUUUACCAAAAUCCUCCUUUGAACAUAUGCAGAGAGAAGAAAGUGGUUCACCAGUGGUUGUCCACGAUGAUCACGACAUUAAUGAGACCAAGCCUUCAAAGAAAGGUAAUAAGUUUAAGCAAAAGCUUUUCAAGUAUUUUGUUAAUUCUUACAAUAAUUGA